AAUAACUUAAUUCCAUAUCUGAUUAGGUAUUACUUAUUCCCUUCACCAAACAUGCCAGACCACGCGACAUGAAAAGAACUUCAAUUCAUUUUCACUGUUUCUUUUCUUCUCUCUGAUUUUAAUAGUAUAAUUCCUCGUGGGAAACGUGAAGAUGAUGAACAUGAAAUUCACUCCUUCGAUACAGAACCUUUGAUUUCCAUCAUUCUUCCGCCAAAAUUUAUUCUCUCUAUUUUAAUUUCUAUUGUCCACCGGCGCCAUGGAUCCGGAGCAGACCUUCAUUCGCGUUCAGGAGAGGUUUUCGCAGAUGCUCACGCCCAAAGUCAGAGUUGCUCUGGAGUAUCUCUACCUAUUUAUUGCCAUAACCUUGUUCUGUAUUCUCGUUGUUAUGCACGCCAAUUACGUUCAGCAGCCUGGGUGUUCAAGUGAGCUAUCUGGAGUUGUGACAUCAGAAGCCCAACUUAUUCAGAUUAAGAUAACUAGUGCCGGCCUGUGGUCUCAUAAUGAUUCCGAAUCAAACAGAAUAAAUCCUCUCGAAACAGAAGUUGUAAAAGAUAACAUGGAGUUGUCCGAUGCCAGUGGAGAUAAAUUGACAUUUUUGGCUUCCAAGUUUUGGUGGAACUGGAUUGGCUUAGGUUCUAGGAGAGGAAAAUUGGUAUUCAAAUUUUGGAAAACUGAUGCUGAGUUUAUUGAACAUCAAGCUGAAACCUCUACAGGUAAUCAAAACACGUGGCCUGUGGUUGAAGAUACUGUCACCAAAAUUGACGAGGAGCCACCAAAAAGUUUCACUUUAUCUGCCAAAGAGACAUUACAAGCAGCUAUUAUACAUUUUGGUAAAAAGUGGUAUAGGCGUAUCUCAUUUAUUUGGAGGCACACUAUGCGGAUUAUUGGAAGUUUCCAGAAGCUGUGGAAUAUGGCUGGUGUACACCUAAAUCUUGAUAUUCCCAAAUGGAUGCAUAUCCUUCAUUUGGACAAGCUUAAUACUAAUGCAGUGCAUUGGCUUAAAAAGAAAGCCAAGUUAUUUGAACCUACAUAUCUAUAUACUAUGGAAAAGGGAUAUUUCUUGUUACCUGAAAGUGCCAAGUCUCAUCAUAAUAUACGUACUGUCAAUGUUAGCAUAUCAGCUUGGCACUCCUGCUUCGGAAACAAGUGGCAGCAACUACUCAUAAACAGAUUUGUUGGAUAUGAUACGAUCUUAAUCAAUAGUUUAUUGAGUUCUCCUGGUCAAGGUUAUCUUUAUAACUAUCAAACAAAGGAAUUCUAUAACCUUAGUUAUGCACAAGAAGUUCCAGAAGGCCCAGCUAGGUUUGGAGACUACCUUGUAACGAAGUGUGGUGUGCUUAUGAUGUCCUUGUUUGUGUUUUUUACUACCACGAUGUCAGUGUCAUUUACAUUAAGAGAAACACAGACUCGCAUGCUGAAAUUCACGGUGCAGCUUCAACACCAUGCACGGCAUCGCCUUCCAACAUUUCAGCUGAUCUUUGUACAUGUGAUUGAAUCACUAGUUUUUGUUCCUAUUAUGAUUGGGAUUCUGUUUUUUCUCUUUGAGUUUUAUGAUGAUCAGCUUCUUGCCUUCAUGGUCUUGAUUCUUGUCUGGUUGUGUGAACUAUUUACCCUUAUUAGUGUCCGAACACCAAUAUCAAUGAAGUUCUUUCCUCGGUUCUUUUUGCUGUAUUUCCUGGUCUUCCACAUAUAUUUCUUCUCUUACGCUUAUGGUUUUUCAUAUUUGGCGCUCUCUACAACGGCAGCUUUUAUGCAACACCUUAUCCUGUACUUUUGGAAUCGUUUUGAGGUACCAGCACUGCAAAGGUACAUGCAAAAUAGACGGUCACAGCCUCAACAACACCCAGAUUUCCACAUUACCUCUUCCACCUUUCUUGCAUCAACGCUACACAUCACAAGAGUGAACACAAGAAACCCGAGUUCAAUUAACACAGAUUUGCCUGCUGGAUCAGGAUUGAGACCUGGUUUUGAUCAAUCAGUGCCUCAAAAUGGAGCAGGAGUUGGCGAACCUCAAGCCCGGUCAGAAAAUAAUAGAGACAGGGUUGCGAACCAGGCACAAAUUCCUGAGCAAGCUGACAUCCGACGAGCAGAAAGGGGUCCCAACCCUGGAUCCAUGAAUUCAUUCAGUUCUUUGUUAUUAUGGAUCUUAGGAGGUGCUUCGUCUGAGGGCCUCAACUCGUUUUUUUCCAUGUUCAGAGAUGUGAGAGAGCAAGGACAAGUUUUCAAUGAAACACCCGUUGCUGGGGAUGAGAACCGUGAUAAUCAGGAUAAUAAUGACAGAUAGCGGUGAAGUGGAUGAAGGAAAACUUGUUAAUAUAGGAACAAUCAAUGUACCUACGUCAGAUCAUAUACUGGACUGCUUUCUGCUCGGUCCAAAUGAUAAAAAAACCUAAACACGUUUGUAUAAUAUAUAUAUAAUAUAUUCUUUUUCUUUACA